AUGCGUGUGAGUUUAAGCGUGGAUGGCUCUGUGUUGCCCUGCUAUGGACUGGCUGCCUGUCCAGGGUAUACCCUGCCUCUCACCCAUAGACAGCUGGAGAUUGGCACCAGCACAGCUCGCAUCACGCUUGGCAUAAGCCCUGAUGUCCAUGAGAAGCAUUCCAGCCAGGAGUUUGGGCUGACUGUGGGCAUCCACCUGAACAAACCACUGCCCCCUCACAGCCAGAUGAAAGCUGGGGCCAACCAGAAACAUCACUACACCCUGAAAAUCAGCACCCGCCUGGGCCGAACACGCUACAAGGAGCAGUUCAUGUUCCUGUACAGGGACGACCUGGUUGACCUGGUGGGCUCGUACCAGUUUGAUGAUGAGAAGACCGAAGGGCUGGACGUGUUUGCCAGGGAUCUGUACAUCCUUGGGUUCAGGUGCCUAAAUACAGUUCUGAAAGAUCUGGUGAUUAUCCCAGUUCACACCAAACCAGAGGACUCGGACAAGGAGCUGGACAAACUCUACGACGUCUUUGUUCAUGUCAGGAAGAAGUGGAGGACUGAUUUUUUUAUUUUUAUUUUCGCGAGAUGUGGGGGUCCACCCUGGACAGGCCUGAUCGAUGCGAUGAAAGGUGUUGUGAUGGGUGAAGACGGGAAUCUAACCCUAACCCUGAGGAGAGGAAAUCUGCUCUUGGAGCGGGUGAAGCUCAACCUGGAGAUCCAGAUCCUCCGGUUGAGGGUUGCUGAGAUGACCCGCGGGAAUGCAGUUUGGCCUAAAGACGUCAGAUCGAUCUGA